AUGAAUCAUCCGAUGGCGACUCCACAGCAGGCACAUUACCAAGGUCAGGUACCUCAACAACAUCAGAAUGUUGGCCAGCAACGACAAGUUCCGACAGGACAACAGCAAAGCUUUGGACAAGCUCAGCAAAGACCAGUUCAGCCACAACAGCAACCACUGAAUCCAUACGCCAAUUACGACCCGCAAUUAGCUUCUUUCAUCCUAGAGAAGCCGAGGAACGCCACGUCCUGGGAGGAUGCCGAGCCUGAGCAACAACAUGUUGCACUCCAUGAGCUCCAAAGCGAAUUGCACAAGUUCCGUCGAAACCAUGGAAAUGUCAAGAAAAACAUGAACGAGAUCCCCUCGCCAAACUGUCGCCGGAUCAUCAACGAGCUCGUCGAGGACCAGAACAUUGAGCUCGCGAAGUACAACCGAUCCAUUCAGUAUAGGAUCGCAAGCGUUGUAAACAAAUGGCGUUCAGUCAACCGUCGAGAGCGUCAGCUCGUACGUGUAGAUAUCAUCCUGGUGACCGAACCUUCGGGGUUCCAAGAGCCUAUGCAAACGAAGAUCUCGACCGGAAGUGGAGUUCAGGAUCCCAACAAGGUCAAGCAGCCCGGUCAUCCACAAGGUCAACAGUUUGGGAAUCCUGUCAACCCUGGUCAGAAUAUGCCACAGCAGCAAAGACCUCCCCAUCAGCAACAGCAACAGCAGCAAUCGCAACAACAUCCAUCUCAGCAUAACGUAGGACAGAGUCAACAAUUCCAACCGCCACGUCCUCAGGACCAUCCAGGCCAGGCCGUGCCAGGUCAUGGAAAUCCUCCUCCGCCACCGCCACCCCCGGGCAUGCCUGGACCGCAUGAUAUGCAAGGUCCCCAACGCCCACCCGUGCUUGAUGGGAGUGGCCGCCCUAUUCAAGGAGCACCCAUGCAACAUCUGCAACCUCAUCAUCCACCUCAUAGCCAACAUCCCAUGCCUGGUGCAUUUCCAGACCAGAUGCAUAUGCCACCACCUGGGAUGAGACAGGGCCAUAACCGACCCAUAGAGAUUUUGAACCCUGAUCACCUCCGACAUCAGAAGUCAAGGCACAAGAGCCGUCGCGAUGCUUCCAGCUCAUCGUCUGAUAGCGACUCGUUGUGGGAAGAUGAGUCUGAAGAUUCGAGCUUCGUCAACAUCAAGCAUGACGAUCAUGGAGAUGCAGGCCGACGCGAGCGUGGGCGCCAGCGACAUAACAAGAGGUCGAAGAAGAACCAGAAAAGCCGAUCACUCAGCAAAGCUAGAGGUCUUAGCAGAAGUCGUAGCCGAAGCCGUGCACGCAGAAGCAACGUCGAACCUUAUAUUGCGAAGUCUUCAAGACGACGCCGAGCUUCCGAUAUGGUUGAGGACCCACGCAAUGGCAGGCUCAGUCCAGAGUCUUUCACUACAGACUCUUCUCGAUCCUCUCAUAAUAAGAUCCCGGGUCAGAUGCCGCCUGUUCACAUCCACCUGAGCACCAACAACGUCAUGGAAGACCGGACACGCAAUGGCAAUGCCUCACCAGUUGAGCUUCACAAUGAGAAGAGGAAACCAGGAAAACACUACAACGCGCACGAUAUGGCUCGCGAGAGCUCUCAUUCGUCAUCAGAGCGUGGAAGCGGCACGGGAUCCAUGAACACUGCGUCUGCCCACACAGCGGAUGAUGGUAUCUGGGACAGGCCUAUCCGCCGUCGCCCCUCCUUCAAGCAUGUUGAUAGUCGUCGCAAGUUCUCUUACGGAGCGAAGCCACAAACUAUCUCCAGUCAGCCGCACCCUAGCCACAUUUACGACGAUGAUGAUGAUGAUGAUGUCGAUCAUCGUCGGGCACAGAAGGUUAAAUAUCCCCGGGAACCAGUAGACGACUACCCAUACCCACGAAGUCCCCACGCACACAUGCGCGAGCCGGAGUCAUACUUUGAUGAUCAACCAGCUCACACUGCUCGUCCAAACAUGCAACAGCGUCGCGCCACAAUGGCCAACCCACCCAAUAUUCACAACCCGUUUGCGCAAUCCCACUUCCCACCCAAGCCGAUCCGUGCCUCAUCAUACCUCACGGAUAGGCAUGAUUCAGGCUACAGCUUCCCUCAACCACGCGCAAUCGCUGAUCGAGACGAGCCUGAUGAGCGAUUCGGACUAAGCGAUAUCCACGCGGCUCUUGAGCACAUCCAAGAGAAGAAGGACAUGAGGAAUUCUAUGUGGCGUCCGAAUGUUAAAGGCAGGAGGAACUCGGCGUUUCAGUACGAGGAUGAUGAGUGGAAUGUUAGGAUACCUUUGGGUGCGCGACGUGGAGGUUACGACAGGUACUAG